UUUUUCACCCUCUCUUCAACUCAAUCCCGCGAAAAUCAGCCCAGCUAAAUCUGGGGAGAGCUUCUUGUAAGCUCACUCUCAUUUUAACCCUAAAAAAAGGGAAAAAAAAAAAGGGUUUAAAGUGAGUCGGGAGAAUUUGGGAUUUCCGGGUCCUAAAAUGAAGCAAAAGAACGAGCAAAUUCACACUACAAAGCUAUUAACUUAUCUUUUAAUUGGGUUAAUCGGGGUUCUCGGGUUACUUUGUUUGUACUAUGGAUCUUCAUUUGCUCCAGGGUCGAGGAGAUCCAAUAAUACUGGUUCUCGGUUGGAUGGAUCGGACCCGGUUUUUGGCGGGUUUUCAAGGAACCGGGAUUUGGAUGAUUUGCUUGACGAGCAAGGGCACUACCCGGAAGUUCCUAAAAGCAUCCCUAUAUGUGACAUAAAAUAUUCAGAGUUGAUACCCUGCUUAGAUAGGAACCUUAUAUACCAGUUGAAAUUAAAGCCUAAUUUGACAGUAAUGGAACACUAUGAACGGCAUUGUCCACCACCUGAGCGUCGUUACAAUUGCUUAAUCCCCCCACCAAGAGGUUACAAGAUCCCUAUAAGAUGGCCUGCAAGUAGAGAUGAAGUGUGGAAAGCAAAUAUACCCCAUACGCAUCUUGCAGAGGAGAAAUCUGACCAGCACUGGAUGGUUGUUGAUGGGGAGAAAAUAAAAUUUCCUGGUGGUGGAACCCAUUUUCAUGAUGGUGCUGAUAAGUACAUCACUGGUCUUGCUCAGAUGCUAAAAUUUCCUGGGGAUAAACUGCACAAUGGUGGAAGUAUUAGAAAUGUUCUUGAUGUGGGAUGUGGAGUUGCAAGUUUUGGAGCCUAUCUCCUACCCCUUGAUAUUAUAGCUAUGUCCCUUGCACCUAAUGAUGUACAUGAGAAUCAAAUACAAUUUGCACUAGAGAGGGGUAUCCCAUCAACCCUUGGUGUGUUGGGAACAAAAAGGCUUCCUUAUCCAAGUAGAUCAUUUGAGCUAGCUCAUUGUUCACGAUGCCGAAUUGACUGGCUUCAGAGAGAUGGGAUUCUCCUGUUGGAACUUGACAGAUUACUGAGACCAGGAGGGUACUUUGCAUAUUCUUCUCCUGAAGCCUAUGAACAAGAUCCAGAAAACAGAAAGAUCUGGAAUGCAAUGUACAACCUUUUGAAAAGAAUGUGCUGGAAAGUUGCUGUGAAGAGAGGCCAAACUGUUAUAUGGGCGAAGCCUCUGAGCAAUAGUUGUUACUUGAAGAGAGAUCCUGGGACUCGGCCUCCUUUGUGCAGUUCUGGCGAUGACCCAGAUGCAAGUUGGAAUGUGUCUAUGAAGGCAUGCAUCACUCCAUACUCAGCAAAGAUGCAUAAAGAAAGAUGGAGUGGACUACUUCCUUGGCCACAGAGGCUUACUACAGCACCACCUCGCCUUGAAGAAAUUGGUGUUAGUCCUGAGGAAUUCCAUGAAGACACUAAAAUAUGGCAUUUUAGAGUGAUUGAGUAUUGGAAGCAGAUGAGAUCUGUUAUACAGAAGAAUUCCUUCAGAAAUGUCAUGGAUAUGAACUCAAACCUUGGGGGUUUUGCUGCUGCCCUUAAAGAUAAAGAUGUCUGGGUAAUGAAUGUUGCUCCUGUCAAAAUGUCUGCGAGAUUGAAAAUUAUUUAUGACCGAGGCUUGAUAGGAACUGUUCAUGAUUGGUGUGAAGCUUUUUCCACAUACCCACGAACAUACGAUCUUCUUCAUGCCUGGGCAGUGUUUUCUGAGAUCGAGGAGCGUGGUUGUAGUGCAGAGGACCUCCUGAUUGAAAUGGAUAGAAUACUUCGACCAGAUGGAUUUGUUAUUAUAAGAGAUAAACACUCAAUGAUAAAUCAUAUCCAGAAAUUUAUCACUGCCUUGCGGUGGGAUGGCUGGUUAUCAGAAGUUGAACCAAGAACUGAUGCUCUCUCUGCUGGUGAAGAAAGGGUGUUAAUUGCCAGAAAGAAGUUGUGGAGUGAUGGGUUUAUGACAAUGUGAAUGUACUUUUUUUUUUUUCUGUCAGGAUAGACAUCAUAUUGAACUGAAGCUUUGGUUAUUGUCUAAAUCGGCUUUGUUCUCGCUCUUUUGCUUUCAAAAAUUUUAGUUGCACUCUGGAAAGUCAUAGCCACUGAUGGAAGCGGAAGUUUAAUUGCCAUUGGAGAUGAAGAUUUUUAUUAUCCUUCGGGAGGGAUAACAGGACCGAAGCUCAAGAGGAAUUGUCAUCUUGUAUAACGUGCAACUAUAUAGAUAUACUGCCUGCUGGUUGCUGCAUACAGAGCCACAAUCCCUAAAGAACAGAAGAGCAAAGCUUAGGUACAUUUGAAGGGGAUUUUUUGCACUAAAUGGGAUGUAAUUGUUAAAUUCCUAAAACCAAUAUCACUUUUGUGUAAUGUUCUUGAUUUCAGAUGUAUUUGUAAACAGUUUUUUUCUUCCAAAACCUGUUAGAAAUAUAUCUUGUUUAAGGGCUCCAUUGAUUCACCAGAAACCCAAGGUUCGCUUCUUUUGUGAAUAAAGACUUAUCUGAAUCCCUUAGCAAGUA